CUGCCAGGGACGGCAGCAGCUUCUGUAGGUUCAAUGGGCCUCUGCCGCUUGGUCUUUCUGCCAGGCGACCAGUAAAGCCUGCAGCUCCAUUUCCAUCCCCUUCUUUCAGUUAACCAGGGAGGAGGAUGGCCUAUGCUGAGGAAGACAGAAAUUGCUAUGAGGUGUAUAAGGAAACAGCAGAUUGGUUGCGAGCCCGCACUGCUCAGUGCCCAAAGACUGCCAUCAUCUGCGGAUCUGGAUUGGGAGGUCUGGCUGAUGUGCUGGAUAACAAGACAGUCUUUCCAUAUGAGGAUAUCCCUCAUUUCCCACGGAGCACAGUUGCAGGGCAUGUUGGCAGAUUGGUGUUUGGGGAGCUGAAUGGACAUCCGUGCGUAUGCAUGCAGGGACGUUUCCACUUUUAUGAAGGAUACUCUAUCAGCGCGGUCACCUUUCCCGUCAGGGUGUUCUGUCUCCUGGGGGUCGAGAUCUUGAUUGUCACAAAUGCUGCUGGGGGACUGAAUCACCACUUCCAAGUGGGGGACAUCAUGUUCAUUAGAGAUCACAUCAACAUGUUUGGCUUGGGAGGGCAGAACCCACUGCGUGGACCAAAUGAUGAGAGGUUCGGAGUGAGGUUUCCCUGCAUGUCAGAUGCUUACGAACAGGAGCUGCUCAGCCUGGCGAGGGAGAGCGCAGAGGAACUGGGCUACCUGGGUUUCAUCCGGGAAGGAGUGUACUGUAUGCUGGCAGGUCCCUGCUACGAAACCAUAGCCGAGUGCCGCAUGCUGCAGGCCCUGGGAGCAGAUGCCAUAGGCAUGAGCACUGUCCCAGAGGUUAUUGUAGCCAGGCACUGUGGCCUCAGAGUCUUUGGGGUCUCCCUCAUCACCAACAAAGCUGUGAUGAGCUACAACAGUCAGGAGAAAGCCAACCACGAAGAAGUUCUGCGCAUCUCGGUGGUCCGGGCUGAAGCCCUGCAGAAAUUGGUCACUUGCUUCAUUGGCAAGUUGGGGGAAAAUGCAAACUCUCCGUGACCUCCAGCAUCGAAUCUGCCUCUACUGCAGCUCUCCUGGAGAUCCUAGAGCCGUUCAUCAUAAUAUGUGAACACUAGCAAGUGAAGGGGGAGAGCCAUCAGUGAGAUUCUCCCCUUCUGCUCUCUUGCUUUUGAAUACACUUUUGAUCUUUAUCCCUAUGGUUUAGUUGGUCAGGCACAGGUGUGCUUUGAAGUUUGACAGAAUGAUGCCCUUGUUAGUAGCCAGCUCCCUUUUUACCCUGCCAGGAAAGGCCAGGACAGCCUGCUGGCACUUAAAGAAACACAGCCUGAUGGUCUCUGGCAGAUCCCCAACCCCAAUGUCGGCACUGAGCCCCUCAGUAACAUGAGCUGCAGUUCCCCCUCCCGACUCUGCAGAGCGUUCUGUGUCUCUCGUGUUUGAGCCCCUGCCCCUGCCCCUGCCC